AUGGUGUGGUGCUCCCAGGCCCUUGAUUCGCAAGUUAGCCCUUUUCCGCCAAGUAUCAACAGCACCACCAGCACAGACUUUCCACAUAUCUCUUUUUAUGGUGGAAUGUUUCUUCAGUGGGUUGGUUACUCCCUCAUGAAUAACCAAUCCCCCAUUUUACUUUUCAAGCCUCCAGAAUCUCUGCGUCUCUGCGCCUCAGUUUUCCACUACCCAAAGCUGCCGUUUCUCAGGUCAAGGAGCCCAAGGUGCCCAAGGCGCCCAAGACGCAAGGCCGAACCGUCACCCAGCCAACGGUUCUCCACCGCGCGGGGGGAGUGUGGAAGGAGAGGCGGGAACUCGUCGGCGCAGGCCGGGAAACAACGAAGGGCGGGGCCAGCCUCGGGAAGGAUCGCGAAAGUCCUGGGAGGCUCCGCCCUUUCCGUAGAUAUCUCUAGAAAGCCGCGCGGGAGACCCAAAACAAAGAUUGCGCACGCGCGGCGGCUGGGCCCGGGCAUUUUGCUGCGUCACCAGCCGCUGCCUGGGCUCACCACCCCUCGCUCUCACGCACGCACGUUCAUUCUCCGUCCUCGCGCUCCUUUUCCUACGCUUUCCUCUUCUCUCCGACCCGAGCAGCCGCUCUCUCCGCGCGGUGCAUUCUGGGAGAUCCCGGCCGAGCCCGCCGCCGCCACCGUCGCCCGAGGGAAGCGUGAAGAGGCCACGACCGGGGAGAAAACGCCGGAGUUGCCGCCGGAGAGGAGUCGACUCCCCAGCAGUUGCCGCCGGAGAGGCCCGCCCCCUGUCCCGUUCACAAUGCAGCCUGCUUCUGCAAAGUGGUACGAUCGAAGGGACUAUGUCUUUAUUGAAUUUUGCGUUGAAGACAGUAAAGAUGUUAAUGUAAAUUUUGAAAAAUCCAAACUUACAUUCAGUUGUCUUGGAGGAAGUGAUAAUUUUAAGCAUUUAAAUGAAAUUGAUCUUUUCCAUUGUAUUGAUCCAAAUGAUUCCAAGCAUAAAAGAACGGACAGAUCAAUCUUAUGUUGUUUACGAAAAGGAGAAUCUGGCCAGUCAUGGCCAAGGUUAACAAAAGAAAGGGCAAAGCUUAAUUGGCUUAGUGUGGACUUUAAUAAUUGGAAAGACUGGGAAGAUGAUUCAGAUGAAGACAUGUCUAAUUUUGACCGUUUCUCUGAGAUGAUGAACAACAUGGGUGGUGAUGAGGAUGUAGAUUUACCAGAAGUAGAUGGAGCAGAUGAUGAUUCGCAAGACAGUGAUGAUGAAAAAAUGCCAGAUCUGGAGUAAGGAAUAUUGUCAUCGGGAUUUUGAGAAAGAAAAAUAACUUCUGCAAGAUUUCAUGAUUGAGAGAAUUCCUGAGUUUAUAGCUCUAAAGGCAGAUGCUGUAUUUGCCUCCUUUAACCCAUUUUUUCAACCUGUUUGUUUUUUUAAAGGCUUCACUAAGGGUUGAUAUGUACCAUUGUAUGGGGCAAUUUUAAGUCGGCUAAGGCAAUAACCUUAUGCAUGAAUAUUUCCCAGACUUCCAUGAAGCUGUUGAGGUCCUAGGCAGUUGAUACAGCAAUUGUAAUAAAUAAAAACAUUUCACCUGUCUCCUUUCUUCAUAACAUAGAUACUGACACGUUAGGAAGCUCUCAGCUAAGAGAAAGAUAACUAAAUUUUAGAUUUUAGAACAUGGACUCAAAGUGGCUGAAACAAAUUGUCUGAUACCUUGAACUGUUAACCUAGUGUUCCUCUGGUGUAUCCUUCAGGACUGUUCCAUUAAAAAUUUUAUUUUUCAAAAAAUGACUUCACAUUGUAUGUAAGUGAUCACUUGUCAGUGUUCCAAGAUGUAUCUUAGCUAAAACUAGUGAAUGCCCUAACUUAGAUGGUUUCUGAAGCCUGUACAUUUGGUAUUGUUUAACCCUUAGGCUUUUACAUCUCUUAGCACGGAGGACGAAGAAAGGCUGUACAUUGUUGCUUGAGAGUCUGUACAUUUAGACCAAAUUUGUAUUUGCAGUGUCAGUAUGGCAAAUGAGUGAAAAAAUGUUUAAUACACUAUUGGGUUUUUUUAUUUCUUUUUUUUGAUUCAGCUUAUACCAGGGCUGAAAAGCCUCAAUUUGUGUUCUUGACAGUGGGAAUUUUUUUUAAUGUCUACAUUCUUUCUAAUAAACUGUUGGAAGACUUCUUGGCUGUCUUUCUAAGUGUCUGGUUUACUGUAAUUUCAUGUAUUAUUACCAUUUACUGGAAUGGAGUUUUUAUUUUUACUUGAGGAAGAAUUUGGGAAUACUCGUGUUUGAAAAGAGGCUUGCUGUAAUGUUCACAGGAAGUCUUUCUAAAGUGGAUCUGUACUAGGAAAUUGUAGAUGCACUUUGCAGCAGUUGGAAAAGAAAGUGUUGUGAUUUGACUGAAAUAAAAGUAAAUGUGUUUGUUGUCCUCCACUAAA